UUUUCUUAUCCGGAUUGACCCAACACAAGAAACUUAAUAUUCCCCAUCACACCUUUUGCCUUCACCACUACUACCACCAGUACUGCACCAUAGUCCAGACAAAGAUGCCAGAUAUUCGUGAGCCAGGAUACAAGAUCGGAGAACUUCUUGCUUCUGUCCAGGAGGUAUUUGCGAGUGAUGAGAAAGCCAAAAAUGACCAAAUCAAACGGGUGAACGGAAUCUUUCAGCUUCGCGCGAGUAGAGAUGGGAAAGAAGCUAUAUGGACGGUCGAUUUGAAGAAGGAAGGCAAGGUUUCCAAGGGCGAAGCGGGAAAAGCAGACGUUAUCAUCUCCACCUCAGAUGAGAACUUCAUCCUCAUCUCCCAAGGGAAACUCAGCGGUCAAAAAGCUUUCAUGACAGGCAAACUUAAGGCAAAAGGAAACAUCAUGCUCGCCACAAAGAUAGAAAGCGUUCUCAGCGCCGCCAAGGGGAAAGCAAAGCUGUGAAAACUAUUUUACCUGCGCGUUUCUCUCACCCACACCCAUCUGGACGUUACGUUACGCCGUCCUCGCUGCUGCACUCUAGCCCCGAACCCUUUAUCAUUUGAAAAAAUUCUUUUUUUCACACCCUUAGAUCAAAUGUAGUUUUCCUAGUGUUGCGUGCGCUGCGUUGCAACCGCCAUUAUAAUUUAACUCUCAAUGAUUUCUUUUCCUUUUC